CCUCAUUCUUAAGCUACAUCCUACCAUACCUAGGUCAUAAUUAUAUAGCGACUACUCUCGUCCUUUGAUUGUGGAGCCCUUUCUCCGCCUUCUUUUUGUCUUUACCGAUGUUUUAAUAGAUGUUAUGGCCGUCUUCGUGGUAGCUGCCUCGAGAGAUACUAUUCACCUUCUGAUAUCAUAGUAACUGUAGUAACACGCGACACUUCGCGAUGGCGGCCAUUGCCUCUCCCCCUCUACCAACAGUCGUACCAGCUCAGCUAGGCUUUUUAGCUAUAUACAAUCCUUCGCUAGGGACGACUGACGAAACCUUAGAUGACCAGAUUGUCUACUAUGCCUCCGUAAACACCCAGACCAAGAAACGGCGCCACCGCUCGCGGGGCAAACCUAUCGAUAGCAUCUCCCAAGAAGAACGGAAUGAGCGGCUGAGGCAGAUUGGUCUGGCGCAGGGUAUGGUCGAGUUUAGUCGCGGGUUCUCUGAUGAUAAACCCCUCGAUACUAUAGAGACAGAGAAGAGCCGCGUUGUUCUACACGAAUUAGAGCCGGGCUGGUGGAUCUUGGCUUCAGUUGAUUUAACGAAGCUACCUCUCCCGCCGCGACUCGGCGCUCCCGUCCCAAACCAGAAAGACAAUACGUCGGAGAAUGUCGAAUAUUCGUCUCGAGAACUCAAACCGGCCGCUCUUCUUAUGCAAGAUCUUUUACGCGCCCACUCUAUAUUCCUACUACACCACGCGGCGUCCUUAAGCGCUUUGUUUGUCCGGUCGAAACGGUCCAAAUUCAUUAGUAUAUUAAGUCGAUAUUGGGAUUUAUUCUUGUCAACAUGGGACGUCAUGUUACAUGGGAAUCCUGCCACUAGCUUAUUUGGGGGUAUAAAAAUUGCUGCCUGUGGCGAGCUCGGCGUUGGCGUCGGCGAGGAGGAGCGUGGGAGCGGCGAAAGAGAAGUUCUAGAAGGGUUCGUCGAUAGAGUCGAGGGCUUAAUAGACUUAAUCGUAUGCAAAUUCGGCUCUUCGGAAUCCGCAGUAGGCGAAGACUCUUCUAAAGAUCCUAAGUUGACUGAUGGACCAACCAAAAAAUGGCUCGGUACCGGAGAAGAACCUGGAGCGGAAGAUGGCGCUAUAUUCCUAGGUGUUGGUUCUCUCACUCGAAAGUCGCUGCGUGAUGUUACCUACUGGAUGGAAGACCUCUACACCUGGGGCGAGGAUGCCUAUGGAGUAAGAGAAAGUCCGGCUUCGAUACGCCAAGCUAGGAAAUCUAAGAAACGUACCUCACCAAGCAGUAAUGAUGCGGUUAGGGGUUCUGUGAAAAUUCCAGAAGCAAACGACCCGAACAAUUCAAAACAACCAAGCACGCAAGACCAACCAACGGAUCCUCAAGAUUUAGAAAAUGCGCCACCAAAGAAUGCAGAAGAUGCGACCGAGGAAAGUGGUGUCAAUAAAUUCAUGAGCUACCUUAAGAUGGGCUAUGGCACACAUUGGACAUUAGGUAACGCUGGUGGAAGCGAAGAAACUGUCCAAGAAGAGACCAUACCUAUAGAAAGUUCAAAAAAGGAUGAGAUACCUCCCAAUAAUUCCCAUCGCUCCAAGAAAGUAAGCGGUGAUUCGGGCCACUACCUGAUCGGACUCCGCGGCGAUGUUGAAGAGACUAGUACCGUCGAGCAUGCCGAAAAUAGGGAGCAAUCUGACACCCCACCCGAAGAGGUUGGAUAUAAUUCAAGAGUCCUGCUUCGAACUCUUAUCGUAGAGCUAGAGAAUACAAAACGGCCCGAAGCUGAAAUGACCCGGGAUUUUGGAAGCCAAGACAAUGAACUUGCUAGUCACAAGAAUGCUCAGGGUCCGGUAUCUCAUUUUGACAGUCAAGACCGCAACAAAACUCACAAAGUGCGCGUGGUGGUAUACGUUAACAAGCCAUUCGUAUAUACGUUCCUAUUCCAGAAUCGAACGGACUCUUUGGCCUGGGAAGGACUCUACAGGUCAUUACACUAUCAACUUGCGCCGCUUCGGAAACCGUUAGCUACGUCUACAGCUUAUCGCCCUGGGAGACCGGAUAUAGGGGCUGUAGGACCCCAUAUAUUUGAUCUCAUCUGGGAUCCGGAAGCUAUGACAGUUCACUCUACAAUCCCCAGUAUACCGACGCCGGGACAUAUGCUGCAGGAAAACGCACAACCCGUCUGGUCGCGGGUCGAGGCAAUAAAUACUCAUCAUCAAAUUCUCAACACAUACAUCACAACAUCAACAGAUCCGUCUGAACUAGAACGUACCUGCAAGACUAGUCGCGGGUGGUGGAUCGUCUGGACACGCAUAAUAGGAAAAGACGGUAUCCAGUCUUCAUCUUCUUCGCUGCCACCAGAUCCUUCGGACAUAAGCAUCCCACAUAGCGAGUCGGCGGAGAGCGUGGACUCGCAGAGCAGGCCAAAGCGAGGGAAGGUCGGAAAAGAGAUAUUCCUUAUUCGCAGAGCGGGCGAACACACGAGGCUCAGGGGCCUAAGCAGCUCGUAUGCCGAGGGAGGCGGUGGUUGGACUGAUGGUGCAAGUCGACUUGCGCAGGGUAUUGGCGUGGAUACGAAAAAGUAUAUCGAGGGACUAUUGAGCCUGGGUCGGUGAGAGACCGUGUAGGUUUACGAGGCUUGAUCUAUGAAGCGCUAAGACUGGCGCGAAAGCUAAGAUGACAGAUGGAAUAAUUGCGCAUUUUAGAUGAUCUCUGGCAAGGUUGCUAAGACCCCUCCAGCCCUGUGAUGAUGGGACACGACCAUGGAAGACACGUGGUGGAUAAGCGACAUACUGAGUUUUAGACAGAGUAGCUCAAUGUGGAGGAUGAUUAUGAAGAUUGGCAGAGAUAUGAUAAUAAGUGCUGGUUCAAACACAAACCAAGCCAUGAUAACGAGAAGGAC